AAUUCUCGUUACUGAGCUGCAGUCUAAUACAGUUACGCAGUUUAACAUGGGUUUAGGGAGCUGUGAAAAUUCAAUAACCAUUAGUGCGUGUUUGUGUGUGUGUGGUGGGGGUGGGGGGUGCAGAGCGAGGAGAUGCGUAACCGCCCUGGCCGGGGAGAGCGGUAGCAAGGGGAACAGCCUCGAGGACUCCGCCAAUGGGGAUAGCGUUUCUAGGAGGGGAUCCAAGCAAAUGACGCCAUACGCCGUGGAGAGAAUUUUUUUUUUGUUGUCCGGGGGUUUGAGGUACGGGAAAAUGUCCGCCAUUCCUAGUUUCCGUUGAUGUUUUGUGCGCGUUAAGCAUAGACCGUGCGGCGACUGUGGAUGUGAUACCGCGGAUCGUGGAUAUGGUGUUCGAUUCGUCGUGGCGGCUUGGCGAGCCCAAACCGCGUCGUUAUUCGAUACGCGGUGCUUUGUGGCGCGCUUCGUCGUAGGCAUCGAGCGCUGGAUGGCAACCUAACUGCGGUUGAAAGGGACGUGUCUGUCACGUGGUUGGCGUAUUUCUUUGUUUGCCCUUCCUAGCGGAGCUGGUUUGUAACUCGUGUUGUCUACACCUGGAUGUGGAAAAUCGUUGUGUGUGCAUUGAGGAUGUACGCCGACCCGCACCUGUGAGAUGGAGCCGAUGUGGAACGGGUGAGUCGGCAAGAAAGCUCGCGCGAGCCCCUCGCUCCGUCGUGCGCCGGCUGGCGUCUCGGGUGACUCGGUGUGUCGCGAACCCCGGGGCGGGCCGAGGCGGCGCGAGGAAGGAUUGAUCGCGCCUGAGACCGCAUGGGAUCACCACUGCCGCCUGCAUGUUGUCGCCGGUGCCGUUCAGGAUAUGUUGCAUAGCAGCGAUGGCCCCCGCCCUGACGGAAGCGGCUAGCCAAGCGGAGAGCUUCAGCCUGCCCCACUCGCCGGCCUCGUCGAGCGUGUGCGGCAACGGUCACCCCGCGUCGCCGCCCUCCGACCCUUACCGGCACAAGGGGCGCGACAAGCUCAAAGGAAACCUCUGGGACACCGUGAGCCUUGCGGCGCUCGCCAAUGUCAAGCUUUUCCGGCUGCGCGAGUCUCAGGCGCCGGCCCACUGCGCCGCUCAUGCUGCUGUCGCGGCGGCCAUGAACCGCGUCAACAUGGGCCUUACCAACGGCGGCUCGCCGCUGCUGCUGCCUCCGGAGCGGGCCGAGCCUCGAGUCGAGGCGCCGAGCCUCGAGCCGGCGAGCCCCGAGCUGCUCGAGUUGGCGCGCACGCGACGCGGACUGCUGGAGCGGCGCGCCGAACGACUUGAGCGGCGGCUGCGGAGGCUGCAGCUGCGCCAGGCGGUCCAGCACUCGGCGGGCCAGAUGGCCGCGUUCUUCGAGCACCAGCAGACCUCGCUGGGACUGCCCUGCCUGAUGCCGCAGCGACUGCUUCACCGCAAGCUGCGCGACAGCGCCGAUAUUAAGGCCGAGCUGCUGUUGCAGAGCGAGGACGUCAAGAGCUUGUCCACCGCGGCGCUCGUCAGCCUGGUGCGCAAGCUCGAGGAGUCGCACGGCCCGGCGCCCGCCGAUCUGCGGCUCAGCGCGCAAGACCGCGCCGAGGGAGAGCGUGUCGCAGGCACGCUGCGCGCCACGCUCGCGUACCAGGAGCGUGCCAUCGACUCGGACGCCACCGAGAGCAGCUCGGGCGGCGACGACAGCGGCGACGACGAGCCUUCCUCGCGGGCCGACGCGUUGCCUCCGGCCGGCGGGAGCACUCUCCGGCAGAGCGCGGCGUGGCGUUGGUCCAUGGACCGCGCCGCGGUGGCCUGCCGCUGGACGUGGCUGCAGGCGCAGGUCGCCGACCUCGAGUUCCGCAUCAGACAGCAGGCGGACCUGUGCCGGCAGCUGCGUAAGGCCAAGGGCGACGUGCGUCUCGAAGGCCACGACCCGCCCGAAGACGCCUCUACCGACGACGGCAAGGCGGUGACGGAGUGCGACGUCGAGACCACCACCGUCGCGGAGGAGGACGUCGUACCGCACGCGGCCGACGUCGCGGGAACGGCGGCGCCCCCUGCCAAGCCCAACGGCCUGGUGCUGUCCGCCUCCGACCUCUUACCUCCCGCAGCGACGGCCGUCGGUUGCGCGCGGACUCGGGCGCUGGCGGCUGGAUUCCGCAAGCGCAAGGUGGUGGUCGCCACUACGGCCCUCGCCUCGGCCCGCAAAUCGGCCCGCUUGAUGGCCACAGUGCAGUGUCCGUGUCGCUCGGUGUGCGGACCCACGUCUCCUGGCGCCACGGCCGCAGGCUGGGGCUCGGGCUUCGCCGCCUCUGCGCCGCCCAGUCCGGUGACCUCGGUGCCCCUCGCUGCAGCGACGUCGGCGGACGGCGGCGCGGCGGUGGAUGCCCCGACCGUCAGCCUACCGCCGCUGGCGCCGUGCCUGGUGUGCGGCGGCCGCUACAACAGCGUGCGGCCGCUGGACGCCGAGCUUAUGACGCGUCAGGAGAAGGUGGCGCUGCUCGACCCUGGCUUCCAUCCGGUGCUUUCGUUCCCCUCCGACAUACCCCUGAAGCUGCACUUCGAAAUGCUGCUACGGACUGGAGAGCUUCAAAAGCUUGCCCUGAAAGCAUCUGCAACAUUAAGGAAGAAGUCGCGCUUGGCACAAGUGACAGGGCUCACCGUGGACCAGGCGCGCAAGAAAAGUAGAAAGCUUGCCCACAACGCUGCACAAACUCUUCUCUCAUCUGCAAAGAUGAGGAGGCAUCAUAGUGACAAAAAGCGACCAUAUCGUCGGCACUUGGAUGGCGAGGUGACUACAAACGAGUCUUGUUACGAUGGCUCCUUUAGGCGAGCAGAUGGCUCUUUCAGUUUAUCGUCAAAGCAGCGAGAACGACAGCGAACCUUCUCCACUGCUUCAAGUGGCAGUUCCAAGGCCGCCUCUCCUGUGCCUUCGCCUGCACCAUCGCAGGGCGAUUUGUCCCAGCUUCUGCCGGGUGGAGGUGCAGCACAAAGCCGGUCUAUCCUUCAAGAGGUCUUGCGGAAACGCAGAGGCGAAAAUGCCUUUGACAUCAACAAUAUUGUGAUUCCCUACAGCAUCGCCUCAGCUACACGAGUAGAAAGGCUGCCUUACAAGGAGAUCCUCACACCAAAGUGGCGUGCAUUAACAGAAGAGGAGCUCAGUGGAGUGCUCCAAGACGGUGGCGACGACUUGAAAGAUGAAGUGGAGGAUGUGACUGACGAGGCGUUUGAGGCUCGGCACCAGGUGUGUGAGGAGGAGGAGAAGCAGCGCUUUGCUGGCCUCCUGUCCAAGGCUGUGCUGAGUGGCAGCCAGGUGCAGCCAGCACCGGGGGGCCCCCAAGCGCCACACCACCAGGGCAGCAAUGCGACACCCUGCCACCGGCAGCUGUACGACUCCGUGGAGUGCUCCAUGUCACCACCGCCCGCUGGCUUGUCCUGCUGGGCCCCGUGCGAGGUGGACCCUUACGAGCCACGUACUUUCCCAUUGGCCGAUGAGGAGUACGAAGGAAUGGUGGCAGAGUCGCCACAUUUGCUGCCUUCACCGGCUGCAUCUCCACCACCUGCCGACAGGGAUGGUUCUCCACCACCUCUAGAGGCUGCACCUCUUGAGCCUCCAGAGCCACAGCCGAAUCCAGAGCCAGUAGUUAAGCCAGACCCUGGUGACUUGACCUUUGACCCUGACGCUUAUUUGGUACCUAAGGAAGUGGUGCAUCCUGAACCUCCAAUUUCACCGGUUGAGUGCUCGAGUGUUGCGUCAGUGCCGAAUGACGAUCCAGAGUGGACAUCCGAGACGAGAGAGAAUUUGGUUCUCAAGCUGACCAAGAGAUAAUAGACCAAAGCGGCUUUUCUCAUUUCCUGAGGGCAUCAAAGGGGGGGCUGUGUGUGGCCCAAGCUCUUUCCCUCUCGCACUGCAGUGUGAUGGGAUAUCAGCAAAGUGCAAACAAUUGCUGGACGUGUGUGUGUGCGUGCAUGUGGGACUCUACAAUGCACGGGGUCUGUGUGUGUGCGCGUGUGCCGAGAUGAAAUGUGCAGUCCACACUUGUGGCUGUCAGUUGAAGCCGAGUGACGUCGGUGACCUGCCACAAAAGCUUUUUUUUUGCUUGUUGUUCUUUUUUCUCUUUCGGUCUCUCCGUUUUGUUGUAACUUGUACCUUUUCCUGUAGAGUGUGCGCGCAUGUGUAUAUUCUUGUACAUAUAUAAUAUAUAUAUGCAGUCAUGAUGCUGUACCAUAGACUUCAUUGCCUGAUUAGACACACAAGACUUUUGCUUGCCUUUGGUCCAAUUUCUAGCCUCAGUUAGGAAAAACAAAAGAUGAGUGCGUGUAUGUGACAGAAUCUGAUGAGCUGUACAAAACUGGUUUUAUGCACCAAGCGUUGCCUAGGAGUGUAUGGUCAUUUGUAAAUCAGUAAAUUGAUUGUAGUUGCACAGAAGUCAUCAUUUGGGCUAACCUUGUAAGUAAUGCAAUAUUUUGCUAUGUUGGCAUAGCGAUAACCUUUUUCCCACUUUGUUCUGUAUCGAUAGUUUGUAAAAUUGUGGCUUUGAAGACGGACGCCUGUGUUACCAUUUCAGCUAAAUCUUUCUCAAAACAUUUGUACAUAUGCUUGAAAGUCACAUAAUAUUCAGAGGUCCAAGGUAAAUGGCACUCAGUGAUUCAUGUUAUGCAGUGACCUUUCUUUCAUCUAAACUAUUCUGCAAUAUUAGGUGCAAGUUUUGCAAAGAGAAUGGCAGGGAAGUUCACAUCAAUUGUUGUGGCACUGUAAACCAAUAUUGUUUUUGAGGUGUUUACAUUAAGAAAUCUUGUGUAUUGUAUCCGACUUAGUGGCUCUGCAGUAAAUUUUUUUAUUUGUGGGAAAGCCUUUAUGGCCAGAUUUGUUCACUGCUAUGCUAGUCACGUGUGGUGAAAGAUGCUAGCUAUCAUUUCCUUUACACCUUGACACUGUUGCAUGCUUUAUUUAAGGCUGUAGGUCAUGUACUGAAUUAGAAUUUGGCGUUUAAUAUUUAAAGUAAUGUAAAUGUGCCUUGUUAUUUUAGCUGAAGAGCUUAUCAGAAUCGAGUGAUCUUCAAUUAGGCUACGACCCACUGAAGACCAUUGGCAUCCUCACGAAUCAAUUUGUGUUCCGUAUUUAAAUGCAAUAAGUGUGGAACUGAUAUGGAAUUUAAAUUACCUUAUGGGUAAUAUGGAAAAUAUAUGAGUAACUGUCAGAAUGUUUGGAACCCUGUCAGUAAGGAAGCCUAAAUGAAAGCAUGAUGGCGUGCUGUCAGUAAGGAAGCCUAAAUGAAAGCAUGAUGGCGUGCUUUCCCAAUCCUUGUCCGAAAAAUUUUAAUUUGACUUCUCUUGUGCAUUUCUAAUAUGCCCCUCAGGUAGUUAAACAGCAAAAGUUGUGUCAAGGUAAAACACAUGUACAUAGAGUAAUAGGCAUCCAGGAGAAAGAGGAGCUAAGUGUUAGGGUUAUGUACAUUACUGUUUCUCAUCGAUUACAGAUUUUUCCUCAUUAUGACUAUUCCCUCACUCCCUUUUUUUUUCCUUUCUUUUUCUGUUCUUCCACAGUGGAGAGCGUACAGUUAUUGGCUGAUAUUCAGCAGGGACGUUUAGAGUUCUAAGAGUUUUUCUAAAUUGGUCAAUGGAAAAAAAGUUUGAGCCACAUUUUACAAUGUCAUAGUUGGUUAAAUUCUUGCCUGGCCCUUGUUUUCUUUUUUAAGAGCUGUAUCCUUCAUCAAAGACUGCCGUUUGCAAUCCAAUCCUCUUUGAAAAAGGUCAUGCCUUGUGGUUUUGUGAAGAACAAUGCUGUUGGCCUGAUGAUUACAGUUGUAGUUAAGCAAGUCUCGUGUGCUGUUCAUUUGGCAAGUAAAAAACAAGAGCAAAUGGAUGAAA